AUGGGAAGCAGGUGCUGGCUCCUGCUCUCGGGUCUUGGUGUCUUGCUGACUCUGUCAGGAUCAGAAGCCAAGAACUCUAGAGCCUUCUGUCCUCAAUGCCCUGAGCAUGCCGUCUGCUACAACAGCACCCACUGUGCCUGUGAGGAUGGAUUCCAGACCAGGUCUGGGAAGAGACACUUUUACAGCUCCUAUGACAGAUGUGAAGAUACUGACGAGUGCAAAACUGGGCUGGCAAAGUGCAAGAAUAUUGCAUAUUGUAGAAACAAAAUUGGAACUUAUGUCUGCAGUUGUAUAGUAAACUAUCCUCUCUUCAGAUGGGUGGCUAGAUGGUUUGAAAGUGACCAGCCAGAUUGUUAUGAGAACAGUAGUGGUAAGAUACAGCCACGAGCAAAUAUUUGGGAAAAUCUAAGGGACACUGGAAGCAAAAAGGAUGUUGCAAGCACUGCUACCCGAUUACUUCAGAUAGUGGAAUUGAGUAUCUGGAAUGAAAGUUUUGUUUCUCCAGGAAAAGGUGGAAAUUCUUUGUUUGAUAUAGUCUAUGAAACCAGGAGGUGCAAUGAGACAAGCGAGAAGGCUCUUCUGGAAGCUGGAAACAAUAGUAUGCAUAUUGACUGCACUCGUACUUUCAAAGGAACUACAAUGGGUGUAAGUGCAGUUGCCCUUAUCACUUAUCAGUCUCUCGGAGAUAUUCUGAAUGGAUCAUUUUUUAAUAACAGAAGAGGACUGCAUGAAGUAAAACUAAACUCUCAUGUUGUAAGUGGCACCAUUGGCUUGAAGGACAAAGUUUACCUGUCUGAACCCAUAGUUCUGACUUUUCAACAUACUCAGGUUGGAGAUGUGAAGACAAAACAUUUAUGUGUCUACUGGAAAGACUCACAGGAAGAGGGAGGCAGCUGGUCCACAGAGGGAUGCUCUCAUGUGUACAGCAACAAUUCUCACACCCAAUGCAAGUGCUACCAUUUGUCCAGCUUUGCUGUCCUCAUAGCUCUUACCCCCAAGGAGGAUCCUGUGCUGACUGUGAUCACCCAUGUGGGGCUGACCAUGUCUGUGCUGUGCCUCUUCCUGGCAGCCCUCACCUUCCUCCUGUGCCGGCCCAUCCAGAACACCAGUACCACCCUGCACCUGCAGCUCUCUCUCUGCCUGCUCCUGGCCCACCUCCUCUUCCUCAUAGGCAUUAACAGAACCGAGCCUCAG